AGCUCCGAAAGCACUGACAUCUCUUCUGAACGUCAUCGCGAUGGGUCCCACCAGGGUUGGUUGCGUCAUCUGCGGGUUUCUAAUCUACAACCCUAUAGCAUCAGGACCCGGGUCUUGGUUGAGAGAAUUUCGCGCAAUCUAUUCAUGUCCAUCAGGCACCUUCGUAUCUGGUGUCGGCUGCCAUGAGGCCGGUAUGGGUAGUACGUAGAUCGCGCCGUCCGAUCCCGCCAUACGAUGGGACAACGAUUAUCUUUUCCCUGUGAUAGAUAAGAUUCCAGUUAUGCGACAGCAUCCCCUAAAUGGUCGCCAUAGCUUUGUACUUCAUGAUGCUUGCUGGCACCUUCUGCAGAGAGCCUUUCAGCCCAGCGAGAUCCCUCUUAAGCGGCUGCUCGAGGUCUGCGAAUCAUUGCCAUUUCCACUUCAAGGAAACGGCGUAUGUUGGGGCCACGACUACAGAAGCCUCCUCGUCCUCGACAAUCAAGACCACUAUCCCUAGGAGGACCAGCUCAUGGAGCAUUUUCAUAACGCUAAAACGCGUUUAUACGCCAAUAAGAACCCGUACAAUGUGC